AAAAAAAAGUUUUGAGGAACAAAGUUGAAGAAAACAAACGCUACCUUGAAACCAAUAGCCAAAGAUCAUUCACCAUUUUUAUAAUUUUCAAUCUUCUCCACUUUCUCUCUCCUUUCUUUCCUCACACAUUUCACUUAAUCACACAAUACUACUAAUCACCUCACAAACCCAAGAAUAAAAAAAAUCUCAUUUAAACUCAAAGUUGAUCAUUUCUUCUUAUUCUUCUUCCAGUUUUUUUCCAACCCUUUUAGUAUUUUCCCCCUUUUUUUUCAAUUCUCUGCAAUUUUCAGGUGAAGAGAGAGAAAGAGAGAGAUCGAUUAGUUGAUAAUAGUGAAGUUUUGGCAAAUGGGUCAAGCUUUUCGGAAGUUGUUCGAUACUUUCUUUGGCAACACUGAAAUGAGGGUUGUGAUGCUUGGCCUUGAUGCAGCUGGCAAAACAACCAUAUUGUACAAACUGCAUAUUGGGGAAGUUCUAUCUACAGUUCCAACAAUCGGUUUUAAUGUUGAGAAAGUCCAGUACAAGAAUGUAAUGUUCACGGUCUGGGAUGUUGGUGGUCAGGAAAAGCUUAGACCGCUUUGGAGGCAUUACUUUAACAAUACUGAUGGGCUGAUCUACGUAGUUGAUUCCUUGGACCGGGAAAGAAUUGGAAAAGCAAAGAUAGAGUUUCAGACUAUCAUCAAUGACCCAUUCAUGCUUAAUAGUGUUAUCCUGGUGUUCGCAAAUAAGCAAGAUAUGAGAGGAGCAAUGACACCAAUGGAAGUUUGUGAAGGAUUAGGUCUUUUUGAUCUCAAAAACAGGAAAUGGCACAUUCAGGGUACUUGUGCUUUGAGGGGUGAUGGUCUCUAUGAGGGUUUAGACUGGUUAGCUAACACCCUCAAGGAGGUAAGAGCUGCAGGAUACUCAUCUGUGGGGACAUCAUCUUUCUGAUUGACCAGCAGGUUGACUCAAGGCAAUGAUGAUCUCACAGGAAGGAAGUAGUGAAAGAUUUUACCAUUUACGUAUAGCAAAUGUAGUUAAUUCUGGGUUUUUUGUGGUGAAAACCAAUGACGGUUUGGGCAUAUCCUUUUGGCCUUGAAAUCUCUGACAACUUGAGAUGUAUAUUGGCAUGAGAUGACAUGACAUGUUCACUGUAUGGCUGUACCUCGCUGGGUAUCUGUCAAGUACGUUGAUAUAAAGUGUAUUGUCGAUUGAGGCUGAUAAGCAUCGAUUCACUCUCACUUGGAGUUUAUUUUAUUCGAUGAUCGUACUUGAAAUGGAUGCUGAUCUCUGUAUGUAUCAUUCUUCAUGGCAGUGUGGUUGUACCAUUCCAGAAUUUCAAUAUAUUAGCCAUUACAGUUGAGCAA